AAGAGAUAAGAGAUAGGGGGACAGUCAGUUAGCGAGUGACUGCAGAAGGGAGAAGACGUUAGUGACCUCGCCUGACCGCACCUGACCUUCAGAAUGCCACGAGGGACGCACCACCCCAGGGGACGCCGGGAUGAAGUGGACAAACACAGCUACGAUGGUGAUGAUGGUGAGGGUUGGUGCCUGGGUAACUGCCUCGCCUCCUUGUUGCAGUGGCCGGUCAUGUUAGCUGCUGCGAUUAUUAUACCAGUUUUUGGCAUAACCUUCAUUGUAAUGGGGAGUAUUUAUAUUGAUUCCUGCAAAAUUGAGCGCUACGUACCGAUCUGGCUCAUUGUACAAGGUGUCAUCAUGUUGUUUGGGAUCGGGACAGGCGGCAUUAUCAAGAAGAUUAACAAGAGUUCUUCGUCUUCCUCUUCUUCCAACAUGCUGGUGAAAAUUCUAGGGUUCGUCAUUUCACUCGCUACUGCUGUUUGGUUCAUUGCUGGCAACGUGUGGGUGUACAAGGCGUGGUCGCAGAACCCAGAUUACGCCCAUUAUUGGUUUGAAAACGGGUGCAAUAUGUCACUGUUUCGCGUGGCUUUCUGGGGAAUUAUAACGCUGGAUGUGCUGUUUGGUGUGUCCGUGGUUGUGGCGGUUGUGGCCUUCUUCCUCCGAGGCUGCAGGAGGUAAUGGGGUAGGGCAGGGUGUGAUUCUGUCUCUCUCUCUAUUUUUUUUUUCUCUCUCUCUCUCUCUCUCUUUGUUUUUCUGUUGGCAUAUCGCUUUUUUUUUCUUUCUCUAUUUGUGUUCGUGUUUUUUUUUUUUUUUGUUCUUUUUCUUCAUUUUGUUUAUUUUUUUAUUGUUUUUUUUAUUUCUUCUUUCUUUUCCUUCCUGUUAUUAUUUUUUUCUUUUUAAUUCUUCUUUCUCUUCGUUAAUAUUCUCUCUCUCUCUCUCUCUCUCUCUCUCUCUCUCUCUCUCUCUCUCUCUCUCUCUCUCUCUCUCUCUCUCUCUCUCUCUCUCUCUCUCUCGCCAAA